AUGGGCCCAACAGGCAGACAAAGCCCCUCCUCCCUGCCAGUCCCUGCAGGAGGGCCCUGCCUGCUCCUGCUCUUCUGCCUGAGGCUGGGUGCCUCCUGCCCACAAAACUGCCAGUGCCCUGACCACGCGGGGGCGUUGGCUGUCCACUGCAGCGCGAGGGGCCUGCAGGAGGUCCCCAAGGACAUCCCCACGGACACUGUGCUCCUGAAGCUCGAUGCCAACAAGAUUGCCCGCAUCCCCAAUGGGGCCUUCCAGCACCUGUACCAGCUGAGAGAGCUGGACCUGUCGCAGAACGCCAUCGAGACCAUCGGCCCUGCCGCCUUCUCGGGCCUGGCCGGGGGCCUGCGGCUGCUGGACCUAUCUCACAACCGCCUCCGGAGGAUCCCCAAGGACGCGCUGGGCAAGCUCAGUGCCAAGAUCCGCCUGGCGCACAACCCGCUGCACUGCGAGUGCGCCCUGCAAGAGGCCCUGUGGGAGCUGAAGCUGGACCCCGACUCCGUGGACGAGAUCGCCUGCCACACCUCGGUGCAGGAGGAGUAUGUGGGCAAGCCGCUGAUCCAGGCCCUCGACUCUGGCGUCAGCUUCUGUAGCGUCCACCACAAGACCACCGAUGUGGCCAUGCUGGUCACCAUGUUCGGCUGGUUCGCCAUGGUGAUCACCUACGUUGUGUACUACGUGCGACAGAACCAGGAGGAUGCCAGGAGGCACCUGGAGUACCUCAAGUCCCUGCCCAGCACCCCCGUGUCCAAGGACCCCACCAGCCCUGCGCCCUAG